AAAUUAAAAUGAUUAUUAUCAAAAUGAAACAACUCCACCGAAAGUGAAAAACCCCAAACUAAAACUAUUUUUCAUUGCGUCGCAAACGCAAACACAUUGACUGCAAUGUCAUUUCCUGUAUUCAGAUUAAGGUACGCUCUCUCUGUUCCCACUCUCAAUUUUCUUCCAUUCUCCACUUUCCUUCUUCGAUUAUACUCUCAACCUCUUCCCUCAUUCAUUCCCAAUGUUGACGACGCCGUUUCAUCGUUCAAUCGAAUCCUCUCUAUCAACCCUACUCCACCAAUCUUCGAAUUCGGUAAAAUUUUAGGUUCCCUUGUUAAGAUGAAUCAUUUCCACACUGCUAUUUCAUUUUCACAACAAAUGGAACUCAGAGGAAUUCAACCUAACAUUGUUACUUUAAGCAUUUUGAUUAAUUGUUUCUGCCAUAUGCAUCAACUCAAUUUUGCAUUUUCUGUAUUGGGAAAGAUUUUUAAGCUAGGUUAUCAACCAAAUACUGUAACAUUGACUACACUUAUCAAAGGUCUUUGUCUUAACGGCGAGGUUAAAAGAGCACUGCACUUUUGUGAUGAUGUUAUAGCAAAGGGAUUUCAGUUGAAUGGAUUUAGUUACGGGACAUUGAUUGACGGAUUAUGUAAAACAGGAGAAACAAGAGCUGCUGUGAAAUUGCUUCGAAUGAUUGAAGGAUUAUUGGUUAUGCCUAGUGUGGUAAUGUACACAACAAUUAUUGAUAGUCUUUGCAAGGAUAAACUUGUGAAUGAUGCCUAUGAUUUAUAUUCUGAAAUGAUUGUCAAGAAAAUUUCUCCUAAUGUUGUUACUUAUAGUAGUUUAAUAUAUGGAUUUUGUAUUGUGGGUCAAUUGAAAGAAGCAGUUGGUUUGUUCAAUGAAAUGAUGUUGGAAAACAUCAACCCUGAUGUUUAUACGUUUAAUAUAUUGGUAGAUGGUUUAUGUAAGGAAAGGGAGGUGAAAAAAGCUACGAAUGUGUUAGCUAUGAUGAUAAUAAGUGGAGUGAAACCUAAUGUUGUUACUUAUAGUUCUCUGAUGGAUGGGUAUUUUUUAGUCAAUGAAGUGAACAAGGCCAAAGAUGUAUUCAAAAGUAUGGCGCGAUGGGGAGUGAUUCCUAAUCUUCAAAGCUAUAAUAUUAUGAUUGAUGGGUUAUGUAAGCAUAAAAUGGUGGAUGAAGCUGUGAAUCUCUUUGCAGAAAUUCAUUCCAAAAAUAUGAUUCCUGAUACAGUAAGUUAUAAUUCCCUUAUUGACGGACUUUGCAAAUCGGGGAGAAUCUCUGAUGUUUGGGAUCUUAUAGAUGAGAUGCAAGGUAGAGGUCAACCAUCUAAUGCGAUCACCUUCACUUCCUUAAUAGAUGCUUUGUGCAAAGCCCAUAAUCUUGACAAAGCAAUUGCAUUAUUUACUAAAAUUAAGGACCGGGGAGUUCAGCCAGAUGUGUAUACAUACACAGUACUGAUUGAUGGAUUGUGCAAAGGUGGAAGACUUAAAAAUGCACUAGAAAUUUUUAGGAUACUUCUAAUUAAAGGUUAUCAUCUAGAUGUCUUGACGUAUACUGUUAUGAUCAGUGGCCUUUGUAAAGAGGGCUUGUUUGAUGAAGUAUUGGCCUUACUGUCAAAAAUGGAAGAUAAUGGUUGCAUUCCUGAUGCUAUAACUUAUGAAAUAGUUAUUCUUGCUCUAUUUGAAAAAGGAAAGAUAGAUAUGGCAGAGAAACUUCUUUGUGAAAUGAUUGCUAGAGGUCUAUUAUAAGAGUAAAACUUGUGUGGAUACUUGGCUCUUAUGAUAUUAGCAACUAGAGGGGGUGUUACUUGUCGCUUGAGAUCCUCAGAUUUUUCUAUUCUGAUGUCUUGAGAUCACAGCAAUUUUGUUCACAGGCUCUUGAGUAUGGUCCUGUCCAAUUGUAAAGCUUGAUUAACUUCCAGGUUUAUUAAUUAUAGCUUCAAUGAAAUUGUGUUCUUAGUCCUACCACUUAUAUGUGAAACUAAUGCUGCUCAUCCUUGCCCUUUGUAUUGAGGCUCUGAUUAGUUUAUAAUAUCAAAUAAAUUGUUUCCGUUGUUGGGUGUCUAAAGCAAGUUACUCUCUAGAAGCCCAAUUUUUAAUUUGUAUAAUUUUUUUUCUUAUAAAGUUCAAUGGCCCGCGUUCUAUUUAAUAGCUGUUGUCUGUUGUUUCUGAAUAAAAAGGUCAGUGAUAGUGCGAUUAUAUCAGUCAGCCGCUUAAUCAAACAUGUUCAUGUACUUAUCCUGUAUUGUUUACUCUUCCACCCCUUCCUUGUCACUUUAGUUGCAACGUCCAGCUUCUUUGCCUGCAAUGUUAUAAGUAAAUAGAGUAUUUUCACUCAAAAGAAAGUUACAUUAUUAGAUAUAUCAUGAUCGAGUGUUUAGUAAUGGAGGUAAAAUUAAACUAGAACUAGAGGUAUUCAUGAAGUGUGUAUGACGAACAUUCAAACCUUUAUAUCGACUUAUAUAUAUGAGAGGUUAGUCAGCCCAAAGCGCAUUUGUUUUGUAGAAAAAAGAUAGAUUUGCAAGUACUAGUCCACGUGGAUAAAUAUAGAUAGCGGCACUAAUGCCCUCUGUUGAAAUAGCAUACAGUCAACUAAAAAUUGGACCUAAAAUGUUAACAAGGAUAAAACAAAUUAUAGUCUUGUUGAUACUUCAGUAAGGAAAGUAAUGACAGCUCCAAUCAGAAUUCGGAAGGAGAGCAGCAGUUCAGCUUAAGAUAGAGGGUCCUAGAGUGUGGUUCAUGCCUUCCCUUCUCGACAUUAAUUUUUCCAUGGUUGACGACAUAAAAGAUAGCUCGAGUAUAAUUGGAUAAAAGCCAAAACUUCAUGCUAGAUACAGUCCUUGAUGAGUCUAAAACAACCAACCACAUAGCUCGAGUAUAAUUGAAUCAAAGCCAAAACUUCAUGCUAGAUACAGUCCUUGACGAGUCUAAAACAAACAACCACGGUGGAGGAAUACAGAGAGAUGUUUGAACUUAUCUCUGCACCGUUACAUCACGUGGAAGAGGAACUUUUGAAUGGACGGAAGGAUGCAGUGUGUGCAGAAGUAUGUUCGCAUAGUUCUGGUGGAAGAGAAAAACACGUUGGGUAAAGGUGACGAUGGGCUUGUCCGUGUUUCAUAGAUAAUUCAGCUUCUUUUGGGUAGCUAUCCUCUUGUUACUGCAUGGUUUCAAACUGAUAAAGACAGGGCAAGUUUAGCCAUGGGAACUUUUGUUUCUCUGCGAUUCAUCUUAUCUACUCUUUUCAGAUAUUUAUUUUUAUUGGUAUUAAUUCUUACUAUCCCUCUUGAUUGAGAAUGAUAGAAUGACUAACUAAUUAGUAUUUGGAUUGCUUUAUCUCUUUUUCAUUCAUCGUCUUUUUUAGUGUCUCAUAUAACAGACCAAGCUUAAAACUAAUAAGUAUUUGGAUUGUUUUAUCUCUUAUUUUUUAUUCUCUGUAUGUACCCCAAGUUUUAGAAAAAAACUAGAUUUCAAUUUA